CCUGAUGCUGACAUCUACAUGAAUUUUAUGAAAGCCCACCAAUGCUAUGAUGCAAUCCCAACCAGCUCCAAACUUGUUGUAUUUGAUACAACUUUGCAGGUGAAGAAAGCGUUCUUGGCAAUGGUGGCAAACGGAGUGAGAGCAGCCCCACUCUGGAACAGUAAGGAGCAGUGCUUUGUAGGCAUGCUGACAAUUACUGACUUCAUCAACAUCUUGCACAGAUUUUACACAUCUCCAAUGGUACAAAUCUAUGAAUUGGAGAAUCAUAGGAUUGAGACUUGGCGAGAGAUUUAUCUACAAGGUUCCUUUAAGAAACUGGUCAGUAUCUCCCCAAAUGACAGCCUAUUUGAUGCGGUGUACUCUUUGAUUCAAAAUAAAAUCCAUCGGCUACCAGUCAUUGACCCUGCGUCUGGGAACGUGCUCUACAUCCUGACACACAAACGCAUCCUGAAAUACUUCCACCUCUUUGCCUCGAAGCUCCCCAAGCCGAGCUUUAUGAAGAAGACUCUGCAAGAGCUUGGGAUCGGGACGUACAAGGACGUGGCCCUGAUAGAGGAGACAUCAUCGGUUUAUGAAGCGCUGGAGAUCUUUGUUGCAAGAAGGGUGUCUGCUCUACCUGUGGUUAACAGUCUGGGUAAAGUGGUGAAUCUCUACGCCCGAUUUGAUGCUAUAAACCUGGCUGCACAGCAAGCCUACAACAACCUGGAUGUCACUGUGAAAGAGUCACUGCAGCAACGGUGGCAUUGUUUCGAAAAUGUCCUCAAGUGUUACGCACACGAAACUUUGGAAGUCAUCAUUGAACGUCUUGUGAAGAACGAGGUUCAUCGGUUGGUAUUGGUAAAUGAGAACGAUGUUGUGCAAGGAAUUAUCUCACUGUCUGACAUGCUCCAAGCAUUGGUCCUGUCUCCAGCAGGUGUUAAUGCCAGCUUCCAUCGCCAUACCUGAAGGUCAAUGGGCUGCUGGGGAAAGAGCAGCUCACACGUUUAUGGGAUGUAAAUGGACCUCAGAGAAGAAGGGCAUGACUCAGUGAAGUCACCAGCACGUGCUUAUCUUGGCUGAAUGUCUUACUCGCAGACUCCGGUUUCAAAUUCUUAAUGAGAAGGAUGCUCCACAUAAAAAUCCAAGGAAUUAAUUCCUAUUUUUAGCUCACUGAUUAAUGCUUUAUUCCAGCCUGUGCUAUUUUAGUAACUUCGCGUUAAUGACUUUAUUAAUGAAAAUUAAGGUAAAAGUAAAGCGGACGAACAAUAGUGCACAAAGGAAGCAAGAACCUUUGGAAGUGGA